AUGGCUACACUUUCUGUGCCGUCGCCUAACCUGGGCUCGGCUUCAUUGGGUGACAGCAUCCACAGACCGCUCUCCACUCACGGCUUGCCAAAGCAGCCGCGUACAAUGUCACCCGAACGACCACAUCGGUUUUCAGCGAAGAGUUACCCUCCUCCAGCUCUCGUUCACGCUCCCAUGACACCACAAUCGUUAGGACCAAUGUCCCCCCCACCAAUGUCGGCAAAGUCCUUUGGGACGUUCAUCGACUCGGAGCCGUCUACACCAGCCUACUCACCAAGGAUGGACCACGAGUGGCACGACUCAUCAGUGGUUCUAGUCCGACCUAUGUCUUCAUCCUCCGAGCCAUCCAGCCCUACUGAGCCUGUAUGGCGCAUGCUCCAACCACUGCCAGUGAAGGCUCCGCCCAAACCCAAAGCCAGCACCACAAGACCUCAAUCUAAAGAACCGGCCACCGCCGCUAAGGAAAUCUCAUCCAACACUUCGCUUUCAUCACAUCCUACCAAACAGGCGAGGUACAUCAGUCGCCCACAAGAGAUCAAGUUGGCCGACCUAUCGCAGCAAGAUCACACCCCGAAGAGCGAAGAAGUCGAGAAAGAAGACGAGAAGAAGCUUCAGGAGCAGACUGCCAGCACUCCCACUGCGGCGACCUUUGGUAAACUGGCAACAAAGAUGAAGUUGAUGUUACGACGGAAGAACACAAACGCCAAGAAGAAAGAGAAGAAGAAGAGGCAGUACGAAGAAGUCGACCGCAUAGAGGACGUACACUGGACAGAGAUGUGA